UUCAGUUUGCCUGCGCCGAGGCAGCAGGACGGUCGUGCGGAGCUGCCACGCCUCAUUUGAACGUCAAAAGCUGUCGUCUUAGGACGGUGAUACAGCGUUCUUCCGUCAACAUGCUGUCCGUCUGUCUUCUUCUACUUGCAUCAGCGGUCUCUGUGGCAUCUGGUCUAUCCUGCCACGAGCUGCACACGCCCUCCCAGAACGCCGUGGUCUCCCUGGGAGAGACGCCUGCCGGCAGCGACCAGUGCAGUGGCGAUCUGUUCAUGUGCUCGUCCGUCUCACAGACCUGCCUCAACUCUGGCCGCCGCUGCGCCGGCGGCUGCGACUCUGAGGCCUGCCUGCCGUUCGCCAGUCUAUGUGAUGGCGUGGACGAUUGUAAGGCGCUGUCCGGUGGCGACGAGGGGUCCGGCUCGGCAGACGAGGAGCACUGUUUGUCGAUCCUGAGAACCUACCGCCUCACCCUGGGGGCCUCCAUCGACAACGGCCGCUUCAUGGCGUUCCAGGUGAGCCUGCAGACGUGCGCCGCCUACUGCUUCUUCCACCCGUCCUGCUCCAUGUUCAGUUACGCCGCGUCUGGCGGCCGCAGCUGCAAGAUCGGCUGCGACGACUGCGGCUGGCGCACGUUCACCCACCAGCAGAGCAACGCCAACCUCUACAACGCGACGGCGGCGACGAGCCUGCUGCGCUCCCGGCUGCAGUCUGCGCACCCGGGGACUCCAUCCAACCCGUCUGAGGCGAGCCCACUGCCUGCUCCUGGGACCUGCGGCCUCCGCAGUAUUUCCGGGCCUGACACGUCUCAUUUUGAGCUGGCCGUGUUCGGCGAGGACCUCGGCCUUCCCGGCUUCGGACCGCGCCUCGCUGCCGCCGCCGACCUGCGGGUGGUGGGUCUGGGGGGCCGCAGGGCCGCCUAUGGCGAGUACCCGUGGAUGGCGCAGCUGCAGGUGCGCGAGGGGCGCUACUUUGAGCACCACUGCGGCGCCGUUGUGGUUGCGGAGAGGUAUGUGGUGACGGCGGCACACUGUCUGGAACAUGCCAGGAGCAUGUAUCAGGUGGUGAUGGGACAGUUUGACCGCGGCCAGCUCGACGAACAGGAGCAGACUUUUGCCAUCCAGGAGAUGAUUCUACAUCCGGGCUUCGUGAACCAGGCGCAAGCAUCCGUGGGCUACCCGAACGAUAUCGCCAUUCUGAAGCUACUUCCGCGCCGAGACAGAGGAAUCGUCUUCAGUGACAAGGUUCAGCCGCUGUGUAUCACGGAGCCGCAGCCGGGUGCCGAGCUCCCGGAGAGCUGCGUGGUCUCCGGCUGGGGCUACACCAACCCGGAGGGCGGGCUCGCCGAGGUACUGGCCGGCUCCCCGGUGCCCACCGUCUCCCGGGCCUUCUGCGAGAGCCGCCACGGCUACGGAGACAGCUUUGACGGCGAUAUUCAGGUGUGCGCCGGCAACCUCACCGGCGGCGUCGACUCCUGCGAGGGAGACUCAGGUGGGCCUCUGGCGUGCUACGAAGCCGAGGCCGCCGAGCCGCACUGGUAUCUGGCGGGGAUUGUAUCCUUCGGUGACGGCUGCGGCAAACCGCUCAAACCGGGGGUGUAUACGCGAGUGGCGGCCUUCUACGACUGGAUCGUCCGUACGCUGAACUAUCUGGAGAGCACUGGCGAGUGACGUCUGUGAUACCGGUAGAAACUGUGUCACAGCUACCCGGACAAUGUUUAGGGAACGGUUUGGACAAUGGACACCUUUGAGCAAUAACUAUGCAUCUUUCCAAAUUUCGUCAGCAUUGUUUUUUCUAGUAGCGUAGCCAUUCUUACUUUUUAGUUGUAGGAACUGAUGUUUUUUUUAGGAUAUUAUUGUAUUUCAUUGUAUCAUGAUUAUAUAUGAUUAUUUGUCGAGGAUCAAUGGCUUUUAGGUUAGGUAUUUACCAAUAUUGUUGCACAAGUAUUGUAAAUAUGUGAAUUGUGAAUACAUGUGAUGCGCUCUCAGCCAUUGAUAAAAA